AUGUGGGAGAGUGAAAUUGAGGCUAGAAAAGGAACCUAUCGUGAACCCAAGCUUCCUAGUAUGGGUGCCAUUGUGGAUGGUGGAAUUGCUGAUGAAACAGCUGUGGGGCUAUGCUUGAACAAGUCCGCUUCCCAAACCACAGAUUGCACGUAUCUAAGAGAGCUCUGCCUAAGUGAUGCCGAUGAUUGUAAACAUGCCUGGAGAAUAAUGGAAGAUGCCUGCAAUGUGUCAGAUCCAGGCAACACCUGCCAGAUGAAGAAUUCAUCCAGCUGUGACCUAAGUAUCCAGUCCUUAGUGGAAAGCAAUUUACAAUUUAAAGAUUGUCUCUGCUCUGAUGACCUUUACUGCACUUUUAACAAAUUGCUUGGGAAAAAAUGCAUCAACGAAUCAGAUAACAUAAAAGAGGAUAAUAAAUACAAGUGGAAUCUAACUACUCUUUCCUAUCACGGAGGCAGAGGGGUUCAGUCCUGCCUGGAAGUGGCAGAGGUUUGCAUUGGGGAUGCACUCUGCAAUGCCCAGCUGGCCCUUUACCUGAAAGCUUGCUCAGCGGAUGGAAAGCUGUGUGAUGUGAAACACUGCCAAGCAGCCAUCCGCUUCUUCUAUCAAAAUAUGCCGUUUAACAUUGCCCAGAUGUUGGCUUUCUGUGACUGUGCUCCCGCUGAUGAGCCUUGUCAACAGUCCAGAGAAGCACUCCACAGCAGGCCAUGUGCAGUGAACAGAGUUCCAACCCCCACCUGCCUCGAUGUAAUUCACAGCUGCCAAGAUGAUGAAUUAUGCAGGAGGCGCUAUAGAAUAUUCCAGGCAAAGUGCUGGCAGCAUGUGAUGAGAAAGUGCCAUGAGGAUGAGACAUGCAUUGGUACCUUAAGCAAGCAAGACCUCACUUGCUCUGGAACUGAUGACUGCAAAGCGGCCUACAUUGGUACCCUUGGGACGGUCCUUCAAGUGCGGUGCGCCUGUAGGACCAUCACCCAAAGUGAAGAAUCCUUGUGCAAGACUUUCCAGCAUAUGCUCCACAGAAAAUCAUGUUUCAAUUAUCCGACCCUGUCUAAGGUGAAAGGCAUUGCAUUGCAAAAAGGAAAACAUGCAAAGGAGAUAACUCUCAGUGGAUUUCAUCCGUCCUUCAAUGGCGAAGUCAUCUAUGGUGUCAUGUGCGUGACGGCCACCUGCGGGAUCCUUCUCCUGGUGAUGGUCAAACUGAGGUAA